CCUCCCGACGUCUACCUCUCACUGUCUCUCUGUCUCUCGCUCACAUCCGUCUGCACCUCCACGCCGCCCUGUUCUCUCUCUCUCUCUCUCUCUCUCUCUCUCUCUCUGUGUCCGUUUCCGUCUCUGAUUCUCUCUCUUAUCUCUCUCGUCUCUCCGCCGUUGCCGCUCGUUAUACACGCACAGGUUGCACGCCGCCAUCCUCUCUCUCUCGCUCUCUCUCUAUGCUUCUCACUCGGUUUCCCUCAUUUUCCCAGUUGUUAGGCUGCUCUUUCCGACACGGUUCGUCCAACUCCUCCCCCGUCGAACGCCACUGCCAUCUUUCUCUGUUUUUUCUUCCGACAGCGUCACGCCUCUAUCGCACUCCACGGCGCCUACGCCAAAAGCCCUGCUGCCGCUGUGCGCCACCAGGCCAGUAAGGCUGGUAAGUCUCUCGGUUUCCCUCUCUCCUCUCCCUCUCCGACCGUUUCUCUUAUCUCCUCUCGGUUUCUCUGUGUCCCUCUCAUCUAUCUGUCACUCCCUCUCACAAGCCGCACCUAUCAUGAUGUUACCAUGACAGAAACUCCACCGCAUUGCCACCGUGACCCAGUCGAACGAAAUUUCCACGCUGUCAAGCCCGAUCGCACUCUGCACACGCCUGCCCUCCUCAAACUCGAGCUGGGUCACCAUUGACAGUAGGUUAAAGGGUUCACCCCCAGCAUGGGGCGUGACAUGAAACCACUAACUUUUCUCCUAUAUUCCUUAAAAACCAACAACAAAACCUCAUUUGCAAGAAACUGAGAAAAACUACCAUCUCUCAUUCUGAAGUCUCCCGCCACUACCCGUCUCCGCUAGCAUAGCAUGCUCCUCGCUUUCUUCCUUCAUGUAAAACCAAAGCCGCUUCUUCCAUUCAAUCCCUUCACCACCUGCUUCUUCUGUACUACUACUAGAACACCUACAAUUCCUCUCAUCACAGCCACAUUUUUUAAACAAUGCAAGACCUUGAUACAAGCCAAGCUCCUCCAUCAGCAAAUCUUGGUCCAGGGCCUCACGAACAUGGCCACCAGCCUCAUGGGCACCUACAUAGCCUGCAAAGCUCCAGGGCAAGCACUUUUGGUGCUCGAACGCCUUGUUCCGACGUACUCCACUGUAUUUUGGUGGAAUGCCUUGAUAAGACGUGCCGUGCAUCUCGGGUUUCUUGAGGAUGUGCUGGGUUUGUAUAGAAAAAUGCAGAGACUUGGGUGGAGACCAGACCACUACACUUUCCCUUUUGUUCUUAAAGCUUGUGGUGAGCUUCCGUCAUAUCGUCGAGGCGCUUCGGUCCAUGCCGUUGUGUUUGCAAAUGGGUUUGACUCCAAUGUGUUUAUUUGUAAUGCAGUGGUGGCAAUGUAUGGAAGGUGUGGUGUGUUGGAUGAGGCGCGUCAGGUGUUUGAAGAUUUAUGCCAGAGAGGGAUAGGUGAUGUGGUUUCGUGGAAUUCGAUUGUGGCUGCUUAUGUACAAAGUGGUCAAGCAAACAAUGCACUAAAGGUCUUUGGUAGAAUGACUGCAGAUGCUAGAAUCUGUCCAGAUGCUGUUAGCAUUGUAAAUACUCUUCCAGCAUGUGCUUCAUUGGGCGCGUGGUCUCAGGGUAAGCAGGUUCAUGGUUUUGCAGUUCGGAGUGGGUUAGUGGAGGAUGUUUUUGUGGGUAAUGCUAUCGUGGACAUGUAUGCCAAGUGUCAGAUGAUGGAUGAAGCAAACAAGGUUUUUGAGCGGAUGGUGGUUAAGGAUGUUGUCUCUUGGAACGCUAUGGUAACUGGGUACUCUCAAAUUGGUAGAUUUGAGGAUGCUCUUGCUCUGUUUGAGAAGAUGUGGGAGGAGAAGAUCAAGUUGAAUGUUGUAACAUGGAGUGCGGUGAUUGCCGGGUAUGCUCAGAGGGGCCUUGGUUAUGAAGCAUUGGGCGUGUUUCAACAAAUGCUAGCUUGUGGUUUAGAGCCGAAUGUUGUUACUCUUGUGUCUCUUCUUUCUAGUUGUGCUUCUGUGGGAGCACUCCUUCAUGGAAAAGAGACCCAUUGUUAUGCGAUAAAAUGUAUUCUGAAUUUGGAGGGAGGUGAUUCUGGGGACGAUCUAAUGGUAAUUAAUGGUCUAAUUGACAUGUAUGGUAAGUGCAAAAGUGCAAAAGUAGCACGAAUGAUGUUUGACUUGAUGGCACCAAAGAGUAGGAAUGUGGUAACCUGGACUGUCAUGAUUGGUGGUUAUGCACAGCAUGCGGAAGCCAAUGAUGCCUUGGAGCUUUUCUCCAAGAUGCUUGGACCUAAGAAUUUCCUAAAGCCAAACGCUUUUACUCUAUCUUGUGCUCUGAUGGCUUGCUCUCGUCUGGGUGCUCUAAGAUGUGGUAAAGAAAUUCAUGCUCAUGUGUUCCGUAAUCAGUAUGAUUCUGCGAUGGUGUUUGUCGCUAAUUGCCUCAUAGAUAUGUAUUCCAAAUCUGGAGACAUUGAUGCUGCUCGAGUUUUGUUUGAUAACAUGAAGCGGAGGAAUGAUGUCUCUUGGACAUCUCUAAUGACAGGUUAUGGCAUGCAUGGUCGUGGAGAAGAAGCUCUCCAGGUUUUUGAUGAGAUGAGGAAAGCAGGGUGGGUGCCUGAUGGUGUGACAUUGGUUGUUGCUCUUUAUGCUUGCAGCCAUACUGGAAUGGUUGAGAAGGGUAUCCAAUACUUCAAUGACAUGAGGGAGGAAUUUGCGGUUGUUCCUGGAGUGGAACAUUAUGCUUGCAUGGUUGACCUCUUGGGUCGUGCCGGUCGCUUGGAUGAAGCCUUAAGACUCAUUGAAGGCAUGCCUAUGGAGCCGACCCCGAUAGUGUGGGUGGCAUUGCUUAGUGCUUGCAGGACCCAUUCAAAUGUUAAACUUGGGGAAUAUGCUGCAAAGCGAUUGUCAGAAUUGGAAUCUGAGAAUGAUGGAUCAUAUACUUUGCUUUCAAACAUAUAUGCCAAUGCCAGGCGUUGGAAAGAUGUGGCCAGAAUCAGAUCUCUGAUGAAACAUACAGGGAUCAGGAAGAGGCCUGGCUGCAGUUGGGUCCAAGGAAAGAAAGGAACUGCAACAUUCUUUGUGGGAGACAGGUCUCAUCCACUGUCUCAAAAAAUAUAUGAGAUCCUUGCUGAGCUAAUUCAACGCAUCAAAGCCAUGGGGUAUAUUCCUGAGACGAGCUAUGCUCUUCAUGAUGUUGACGAUGAGGAGAAGGGUGACCUUCUUUUUGAACACAGUGAGAAGUUGGCGCUUGCCUAUGGCAUCCUAACAUCACCAGAAGGAGCACCGAUCCGAAUCACCAAGAACUUGCGGGUCUGUGGUGAUUGCCACACUGCCAUUACCUAUAUAUCCAAGAUCAUUGACAAUGAAAUUAUUUUGAGAGACGCGAGUCGAUUCCAUCAUUUUAGGAAUGGAUCCUGCUCGUGCAGAGGCUAUUGGUGACGAUUGAAUUAGGCAUGUCUACUUGUGUAAUCAUCUUUUUCUUUCUUCUUUUGGUACAAAUGUAACUGGCAUUGAGAUUAUUGGGCGAUAUGGAUAAAUUUUAAGACUUUCCUAAGGAAGGGGAAGACAAAGGCAACCUUGUAGAACAGUAAAAAUAAAAUUACAUGUGGUUUCAAUUGCUAGUAUUCCACAA